AUGAAGAAGAGAAGCCGGAGCUUAUAUUUGGAGAAAGAGACAAAUCACUCAACAACGAAACGCUUAAAGCCCAAAGAUCCUAAAAUAGAGGCUUUGCAAGAACUUUACCAACUCCAUCCUAACAUUAAUGGUCGAAGUGUAUGGUUUUUCCCAACACUCACGAAAUCUGCAGAAGCUUGGAUAAAGACACUCAGUGGCAAGCGUUUUUUUAAAGGGAAAAAAUCUGCAUUAGCCACCAUAUUUUUGGAACCUAGUUGCAAGGGACCGAGUGUUGGCCAAAUAAUAAGAGGAAAUAGCUAUACGUCUUAUUUUAAGAAUGCAGAAGUAAUUUCAUUAUUCAAUAUUAAAAAUACGCUAUCGAUGAUGAUACGCAAUGACACGGAGUUUAUGGGUAUAACUCUAACGGAAGGUGACAGUUAUUUACAUCUUACAUUACCUGGCACAAAUGGACAGAAGGAACUAUGCAUCAAGCAAGCGUCUCAUGCAUCUGAUGAACGUAUAAAAUGCUUUAUGUUUGUGAAUGGUUAUGAAGUCAGAGACAAUUUUCUAAAAGAAAGUGGUGUAAAAAGUCAUAAAAUCUCAACUAUCAAGGACAUUCUUUCAAUUGUACAAUUUUUCAAAAAAUUGCAUGUCUGUGUAGGGCAAUGUACUAAAGGAUUUAAACAAACUUCUCAUUUACGAGGUGACCAUCUAUAUUCAAACGUCCUUGGCCCAACAAAUGAUCAUGAGAUUAUUGCAAAUUUAGAAAAUAAAGGGGUUGACAAUGAAGCAUAUCGUGCAGUCGACUGUAUUCUUCUUGUGAGAGAAGGCAAUGUAAUCAAAUUCCAGAAAGAAUUGACUGAAAAUCUUCGCAACAGACUAAAAAUGAAGAUUGAAGCGGAAGAAGAGUAUGCCUCAGAACUGUUAAUUAGCAUGGUUCACAGUGUAGUUGAUGAAGUCUUGGAUAAAAAGCAUGAAAAC